CUUAGAUUCAAAUUUCUAAGCCAAAGACUCUUCAGUUUCUCUCCAUAUUUCGUUUUCUUAUUCAUCCUAUUGCAAUUCUCAGCUCCCUUACUCUUAAAAUUGUCCAACAAUGGUUGUUGCACAGAAAGUUAAAGAGGCGGAGAUCACCGAGCAGGACUCUCUUCUUCUUACCAGGAACUUGCUUCGUAUUGCUAUAUUCAACAUUAGCUACAUAAGAGGCCUUUUCCCUGAAAAGUAUUUCAAUGACAAAUCCGUUCCUGCUUUAGAGAUGAAGAUCAAGAAACUGAUGCCGCUGGAUGCAGAGUCUCGUAGGCUGAUUGAUUGGAUGGAGAAAGGCGUCUACGAUGCAUUACAGAAAAAGUACCUGAAAACUCUGUUAUUCUGCAUAUGCGAGUCAAUUGAUGGAGCAAUGAUUGAGCAAUACUCAUUUUCUUUUAGUUAUUCCCGUUCUGAUAGCCAAGAGGUUUCGAUGAAUAUUAAUCGCACUGGAAACAAGAAACAAGGAGGGACAUUCAAGUGUAACUCCACCACUGAAAUUACUCCCAAUCAAAUGAGGAGUUCUGCUUGUAAAAUGGUCCGUACGCUGGUUCAGUUGAUGAGAACUCUGGAUAAGAUGCCUGAAGAGCGUACUAUAUUGAUGAAACUCCUCUACUUUGAUGAUGUGACGCCGCUGGACUACGAACCACCAUUCUUUAGAGGCUGUACAGAAGAGGAAGCUCAUAAUCCAUGGACCAAAAAUCCUUUAAAGAUGGAGGUUGGAAAUGUCAACAGCAAGCACUUUGUGUUAGCUCUCAAGGUUAAAAGUGUACUUGAUCCUUGUGGGGAUGAAAAUGAUGACAUUCAAGAUGAUGAAGUAAGCCUAGGUGCUGACUCUGUACAAAGAGAUGAAUCUUCUGACUCUGACAGUGAGGUCAAUGAAUCACAAGAAAACCAAUUUUUCGUGGCACCAGCAGACAAGCAACGACCAGAAGAAGAUAAUAGCAUGGUUGAUGAAGAUGAUACUCAAGACUCCAUGGAAGAUGAACAGCAAUUGGCCAGAGUGAAAGAUUGGAUCAAUAAUCGUCAUCUUGAUACUGUUGAACUUACUGAUGUUCUCUCAAAUUUCCCAGAUAUCUCAGUGGUUUUGACUGAAGAAAUAAUGGACAAACUUGUAAAGGAAGGUGUUUUAUCAAGUACGGGAAAAGACAGUUAUACUAUAAAGAAGCAAAAGGAGUCUGAGUACGACUUCACGGUUAAAGAAGAAUUGGACGGCCAAGUCAAGGUUGGUCAGAAAUCUCCAAGGGUUCAAGAUCACAUGUAUAUGAAGGCUUUGUAUCAUGCUCUUCCAAUGAAAUAUGUGACGGUUGCAAAGCUUCAGAGCAAGCUGGAUGGACAGGCGAAUCAGACCACUGUUCGAAGGAUUAUAAAUAAGAUGACUCGGGAUGGUUUUCUUGAAGCUAAAGGCAACCGAAGGCUAGGCAAGCGGGUCAUCCACUCCAGUCUGACAGAGAAAAAGCUACUUGAAGUCAAGAGAGCUUUAAGCAAUGAUGCUAUGGAUGUGGAUACCAAUGAACCACAUAACAAGACGAAUCAUCUGGAAUUCCACGCAACUGGAAGCAACCACAGGGAUAUGUCUACAUGCGGUGUCCUCCACUCCAUUGGUUCAGAUCUUACACGCAUGAGGGGCCGAUCUGAGGUAAACCAAAAUGGUUCAAUCCGGAGUGAGCAGACUAUCUCAAAGACCAGGGAAAAUGGAAGCACCCCCAUAAGCAGGGCUCAGCCAAUAGCUUCAAGGGAAAGCUUUGUCCCAGGAUGUGAGAACAACGGAGUAAAUGGAAACUGCAACGAGGUAGACACAGUUAUGUGUAGUAGACCAUCCCAAGAUAAGCGAGGCAGGAAAGCAAGCACGGUCAAGGAGCCUAUCCUCCAGUACAUGAAGCGCCAGAAAUCUCAAGCUGUUUGAAAGGCGAACUCAAAAUUUUCUCUUCAAGUAUAAUAUAGAAAAGUGACUUUGGUCAGAGAACUUGUUGAUAACAAUAAUCCCUGGAGCCUAGAUAGUUUGUUUGAUUUAGAAACUGGUAAAUGUUCUUCUGUUGGUACUAACACUUUAUGGGCUGCGAUUUGUAUAACGUGGUGAACGGAAAAACAAAAUGCAUAUAUCAACUGCUUGAUUUCAAUCUUUGUCUGCCAAAA